UGUUUUGACUGAUAAUUAAGUGUGAGAGGUAGGACAGGGACGUCAUUACUCAGGUCUAAGUAUUAAGAUUACAUUGGAGUAAUUUUAUUGUUAGCCACUGGUAGUGCUAGCCUCACAUGCUCGUAAAUCAGAGCACACAAAAGAGGCGGCUCAACAAGACUUUUCAGACAAAUACAGUGCUAAUCAGACUCCGAAAUAAUCAAUCUGUCGACUAUCGCACUGAAUUUAUUUUAUUUUAAAUCACGAAACAAAGCUAAAAUACAUGGUCCUUCGUCUGCCCAUUGAUCGCUGUAAAGCGGGGAGUCUGAUGUCCCUGUCUGAAAAUCCAUGAUGACGGAGAGUCUUAGAACGACGGGAACAGGUGAUUUCCAUUGGACACGGAGUGAUAACUCCUUCUGUUUUAAUUUUCUCCCUGAAGACAUGGCCUCCCACCCGCCAGAGGGGACGGUGAUUAAUGAAGGAAACGACUGUGGACAGAAUGGAGAGAAUUUAGGAUCUGACUCAGGUUUCACCUUCAACUUCCACAUCCCAGCUGUGACACUGGAGGGCAAAGAGGGAGAAUCCAGUGCGUCACAGACCGGGGCAGAGGAGACCGGAAGUCGGGAGGAGGGAGAAGCAGAAGGAGAAGCAGGGAUGUCACAGUCAGGAUCUCCGCAGCUGCCGCAGACCUCCACAUCUGAAAAGAAGAAGAAAAAGAAGAAGAAGAAAGGAGCAGGUGGAGGAGAGGAUGGACAGCAGAAUCAAAAAAUGAAAACUGCAGAAAUGCCCAGAGAGGAGAGCGUAGAACUGACUCCAGAACAGCAGCUGGGCAGAGAAAUUGACUGGUGUAUUGAACAGCUGGAACUGGGUUUGAGGACCCACAAAUCCACCCCCAAACAGAAAGAGGAGGCUGUGUGUGCCUUGCGGUCCUUGCGUAACCCCAAAGCUCCUCUGGUGAAGAAGAGACAGUUAAUGAGAGCCUUGUCUGGAGACUACAGGAAGAAAAUGGAAGAGGAGAAAGAGAAACAGUUCAGACUGAUUCAGUCAGCAAUGACCUCUGCUCGGGUCAGUGCCGUUCCAAAACCAACUGGGAAAGGUGUCUUCCAUCGCAGAGCGGAGCUGAAAACACACACCACAGCCAAACCCCAGGACACACACACAUCACAGGGGACAGCAGCACAUGCAUGCGUCCCCGACAGACAAAACCAAGACUCUGAGCAAUUCGUUUUUGCCCCUGCACAAGAGGAGUUCCGCUUCAAUUUCCUGUGAUUUGUCAUGAAAGUGAGUGUUUGUGUGUGAUGUUAAACUGUGUCUUAAGCACAGAGUGGAUCAUGCAAGUUUUUUAUGAAAAGACCAGAAGACUGUAUUCAC